GAGGGGAGGGGGGGAAGAGGAGAAGGAGCCGGCCGUCUGGGCUGUCCUGGGCAUUGCCUGUUCUGGCGGCGCGCAGACUGUGGGCCCGUCGGCUUGGAUUUGCUCUGAGGCGCUGUCAUAGAGGGGCUGCUCACCAAUGGGCGGGAGGGGCGGGGCGAGGUGAUGAGUCCCGGAGAGUGCGCCGAGCGGGUGCUCGAGGACCCUGGGCCCGCCCCCUCGGCUCCUGUCUAACCUCUUCUGCCUGCUGCUCCCUCGUGGAGAGCAGGCCACCGGGGCGGAGCCGGCGCCACCGCGACCAUGAGGCUGCCCAACAUCCUGCUCACGGGUACACCAGGGGUUGGAAAGACCACACUAGGUAAAGAACUUGCAUCAAGAACAGGACUGACAUACAUUAAUGUGGGUGACUUAGCACAAGAAGGACAGUUAUAUGAUGGCUUUGAUGAAGAAUAUGAAUGUCCUAUUUUGGAUGAGGACAGAGUAGUUGAUGAGUUAGAAAAUAAAAUGAAAGAAGGUGGAGUUAUUGUUGACUACCAUGGCUGUGACUUCUUCCCUGAACGAUGGUUUCAUAUCGUUUUUGUGCUUCAAACUGAUAAUUCUGUAUUAUAUCCCAGACUUGAAAAGAGGGGAUACAGUGUAAAGAAACUACAGGAUAAUAUUCAGUGUGAAAUUUUCCAAAUUCUUUAUGAAGAAGCCAUGGCCUCCUACAACCAUGAAAUAGUACACCAGCUGCCCAGCAAUGUACCAGAAGAACUAGAGAAUAAUUUAGAUCAGAUAACGAAAUGGAUUGAGCAGUGGAUAAAAGAUAACAAUUGAACCUUGAGAGCAAAGCAUGGACUUUCAAGGUUUUCCACAUGAUGGUUAAAGAUUUUCUUGAUGAUUUCUCCUUCCCCAUGGAAUAGAAAUUAAGACAGCAUACACCAAAUUUUACUAUCUAGGACUGUGUUGUAUAAGUAGCAGAUGGACAAUAUAUAAAGUUGAGUUAUGACUAAAUUUUUUUUCUCCAUGAGAAAACUGAAAAACCCCAAAUACAAUGAAUUAGAUAUUAAGGACUUUUUAAGUUUAGGAAUAUUCAGCAUUCUCAUUUAUUUUGGCUAACUGCUAAAGAAUAAGUAAAUUUGAGAAAAUAGGUGGAAAUCUUGAAUAUUUGACAUGAAAAAAUGAAGGCUAGGAAAUACUGCUGACAUAAAAGAGUCUAAGGAUAAAGCUAAAAACAUUACAUUAAGUGUUCUAUUGGUGGUAAAUUGCUGUUGUUUUUUUUAAUCUUGGAUGUUGGUUAUAAAUUAGGAUAGUCACAAAGUAAAUGGUGAGAUCUUUGAGAAAGUAGCAAUUUUUUUAGUACAAGAGUUCAUUGAGCUCUUUUGUCUAUAAAAUCACUGCUGAUCCUGGCACUGAUAAUUGUGUCUGCAGAAGAGUAAGCCAAUGACAUUUUCUGUAUAUGGAAGGGCAAUGGCAAAGUCUUCUGUGCACCCAUGGAAACUGUAAAUACAAAUUUAUUAGUUGACUAAUUUCAGUCGUUAAGUUUCAUGAAAAUUCAUGUGAUAAUGCUUUGCUACCAUAUAGGUGGUGGUAAUUAGAUAAAAUUUUAAAAUAUA